UUGAGUUUUAGUUGGAAAUAAGUUUUGUACGUGUUAAGACCUUUGUUUCGUGGGCGAGUGUGUAAUUUGUCGGAAAUAUAUAAAUAAAUAUCAAAAAAUUGCAUUUUCAAAAUUCCUAGAAAAGUGUAUAAAUCUUCUAUACAACAAAAAGCAAUUAAUAAAAUUUAAUAAAUUACAACUAAAACGUGCUCGUAAACGAAAAAUCUAACAAAAAGAAACCAAAAAUAUAUGUAAAUGAUUUAAAGAAACGAAAAAAAAGUUGCUGAAAAUUCAAGCCAUAGUUCCUUUUUGUACAAAGUACAUGUGUAGCUACAAAGAAACAUAAAUUAGUGUCUUGUUUAUAACAAAACGAAAAAAAGAGUGAAAAAGAAACAAAAAAAAAAAAAGAUAUAUUGUUGCCCUCCAAAAAAAUUACAUAUUUAUACAACAAAAAUUGAAGAAAAAAAAUAUCUAGAAAUAAAUAAAAAUUCAAUAGUUUGUUUGUGUUAUUAUUAAACUUUGUCAAUUGUUGUAAAUUAAGACACUUGUUGAGAAUAAACAUAAAUUUUGGAUCUAUUCAACGAAUUCAAGGAGCAACUAUCAAGUUGCCCAGCGAAAACACGAGCAAUUUGUCGCACUGUCCAGACGAGAGUGUGGGAGGCGGUCUCAUCACUCAACGAAACAUUAAAUUUUGUGGAUAACAGUGGUGGCAGCAGCGGUGACGUUGGAUCGUCAUCGAUUGCUGCUGUACGAACGGUAGGUUCGGGUGACGGCCGCCACUACCACAAUUCCGCCAAUAUGGGAUCGGUUAAGUCACGUGCCAUCACCUCGGCCGACACCAAUCUGGUCGAUGAGAAUAAUGUGGUGGCGUGCAGUUCUUCAUCGAACUACCAGCAGCAACAUCAACAACAUCAGAUCAAUAGAUAUUGUGGUAACGGCAGUAGUUUUUUGCAUAAAAAUGAUUUGCGUUACGACAUUGGUGGCAGUUCCCAAUAUCAUCCGGUACGUCAGCCCAGCGUUAGGAGCAGGAGUCAACAGCCCAUGCCUACCGCUGAGGAAUUGGAUCGUAGAUUUACAAAAGUUUUGGCCUCCAUGGAUUUACCUCCCGAUAAAGCCAAACUUUUGAAAAACUAUGAUGAUGAAAAGAAAUGGGAUAUAAUUUGUGAUCAAGAAAUGGUACAAGCAAAAGAUCCACCUUCACAUUAUCUCAACAAAUUACGAACAUAUUUAGAUCCCAAAGCCUCAAGAAGUCAUAGACUUUACUUCCUCUACUUUUUUUGCCAGAAACGUAAGAUGGUAGGCGAAUCGACAUCCACACAAGUGUUGCGUGAUCUUGAAAUUUCUUUGCGCACCAAUCACAUUGAGUGGGUAAAGGAGUUUCUAGAUGAGACCAACAAAGGUCUAGAUGCUUUGGUGGAUUAUCUGAGUUUUCGCCUGCAAAUGAUGCGUCACGAGCAGAGGGUCCAAGAGGCGCUCAGCGAGUCCGAUGAACGUUUGAAUCUAAACAAUAGUGGCUUGGGCAAUCUGAGCAGUGAUGGCCUGGGCACCUCUGCUUGUGUCAGUUCGAAUAUUGGUGGCAUUAGUAAUGUAAGUCUGACGGAGUCGUCACGUUACCAAAACAAUCACUACUCGUUCAAUGGCUUUUUACGACCUGCGCUGGCCGAGGUUCUCGAUAGUCCCAACAUUAAGCGCCGUUCCCGCCAUAUGGCCAAAUUAAAUAUGGGAGCUUCAACUGAUGACAUACAUGUGUGCAUCAUGUGUUUGCGUGCCAUUAUGAACAACAAAUAUGGCUUCAAUAUGGUGAUACAACAUCGUGAGGCCAUCAAUUGCAUUGCGCUCAGUUUGAUACACAAAUCGUUGAGAACAAAGGCAUUGGUGCUUGAACUAUUGGCUGCCAUUUGUUUGGUCAAGGGUGGCCAUGAGAUUAUCUUGUCGGCUUUCGAUAAUUUCAAGAAUGUUUGCCAUGAAAAUCAACGUUUCCAAACAUUGAUGGAGUAUUUCAUGAACUUUGAGGCUUUUAAUAUUGAUUUUAUGGUGGCCUGCAUGCAAUUUAUGAAUAUAGUGGUGCACUCGGUGGAGGAUAUGAAUUAUCGGGUACAUUUGCAAUACGAAUUUACCGCCUUGGGCCUGGAUAAGUAUUUGGAAAAGCUAAGACUCACAGAGUCUGAAGAACUAAAAGUUCAAAUUUCUGCCUAUCUGGAUAAUGUAUUCGAUGUGGCCGCUUUAAUGGAAGAUUCUGAAACAAAAACGGCUGCUUUGGAAAGAGUGCAAGAGUUGGAGGAUCAAAUUGAAAGGGAAAUCGAUAGAAAUUCAGAAUUACUUUAUAAAUUAGCGGAAAUGGAAACCGAGGUUAGAUAUUUAAGAACGGAACGUGAAGAUUUAAUGACUACCAAAUUGAAAUUUGAUGAGGAGGUCUGUACGCUGAGACGUAUUCUAAAGCAAAACGAACAAGAACUGAAAAAACGAGAAUCUCUGCUGCAAAGCAAAAAUCUAGAAUUACAAACUUUAUCACGUUCCCUGCCACGUUCGGGUUCUGGUGGUGCCGAAGGUUCACUGGUUAGUGAUAUCUUACUAAAUAGUUCACCGGUGGAAUGUGUUUCACCGCCACUACCACCACCACCUCCUCCCUUGCCGGAGGCCAUUAAUAUAGCACCACCUCCGCCGCCACCACCCGCUCCACCAGCACCGCCACCAUUACCGGGACCCGGGGAUAUGUUUAACAAUUUUGCUCCACCACCGCCGCCACCAUCUCUACGUGCCUUGCAGUCCAUGCAACAUCCCAACAAUCUUCCCAUGUCAUUCCAACCGCCGCCUCCUCCAGUAGCCGGUUUCAUGCCAGCGCCCGAUGGCGCCAUGACCAUCAAAAGAAAAGUGCCAACCAAAUACAAGCUGCCCACCUUAAAUUGGAUAGCUCUCAAGCCCAACCAGGUACGAGGUACCAUUUUCAAUGAGCUGGACGAUGAGAAACUCUACAAGUUUAUUGACUUUAAUGAGUUUGAAGAACGUUUUAAGAUUGGUGUGGGUGGUGGCCUUACCAGCGGCGCCAACUCCGAGGUUGAUGGCUCUUUGCAAUCAUAUCCCAGCAAGCGCUUUAAGAAACCCGAACAUGUUUCACUUUUGGAACACACGAGAUUACGAAAUAUUGCAAUAUCUCGCCGUAAACUUGAUAUGCCCAUUGAUGAGGUUAUCGCUGCUAUACACAGUUUAGAUUUGAAAAAACUGUCAUUGGAAAAUGUUGAAUUGCUGCAGAAAAUGAUACCCACCGAUGUGGAGGUCAAGUCGUACAAGGAAUACAUUAUCGAGCGUAAAGAUCAGAAUCUUUUAACCGAGGAGGAUAAAUUUAUGCUGCAGCUAUCGAAAGUGGAACGUAUUUCAUCGAAAUUAUCGAUUAUGAAUUAUAUGGGCAACUUUUUCGAUUGUCUGCAUCUAAUAUGUCCGCAAAUCCAUGCCAUCACCACCGCUUCAAGCUCACUCAAACAAUCGCGUAAAUUUAAAGCUGUCUUGGAGAUAGUUUUGGCCUUUGGCAACUAUUUGAACAGCAGCAAGCGAGGUCCAGCCUAUGGCUUUAAGCUACAAUCUUUGGACACUUUAAUUGAUACCAAAUCAACCGAUAAACGUUCUUCACUGCUGCACUACAUAGUGGCCACAAUACGGCAAAAAUUCCCCGAAUUGUUGAAUUUCGAAACAGAACUAUUCUGUACCGAUAAAGCUUCACAGGUGUCGCUGGAAAACAUUGUAACCGAUAUGCAUGAUUUGGAAAAGGGCAUGGAAUUGGUGAAAAAAGAAGCCGAACUAAGGGUAAAAGGUCAUCAAACUCAUAUACUAAGAGAUUUCCUUAAUAAUUCCGAAGAAAAGCUCAAAAAAAUUAAAAUCGAAUUGAAAAAUGCCCAAGAAGCAUUUAGAGAAUGUGUAGAGUAUUUUGGUGAAUCAUCACGCAAUGCAGAUGCAGCAGCAUUUUUUGCUUUAAUAGUAAGAUUUACUAGAGCAUUUAAGACCCAUGAUCAAGAGAAUGAGCAACGUAGAAGAUUGGAGCAGGCGGCCGCCGCUGCUGCGGCCAAUAAAAAAGAAAACGAACAAGUCCAACUGCGCAAUAAAGCCAACCAGAAAAAACAACAGUUACCCGCUGGGGGCGUCUCCUUGCAGGAAGCGGUCAUUAAUGAAUUGAAAUGUAAGGCCAAUUCGGUAAGAGAGAAAAAACUGUUGCAACAAGAUGAAGUCUACAAUGGAGCUUUAGAGGAUAUAUUGUUGGGCCUGAAAAGUGAACCCUAUCGGCGAGCCGAUGCCGUCAGACGUAGUCAACGUAGGCGCAUAGACAAUAAUCGCCUGUCGCGUACUCUAGAAGAGCUUGAUGUCUAAAGGGAUUGGAUUAUGCAUAUAUCUAUUAUUAGUAGUUUACUCUUAGCUGUAGUCAUCGAUUACGAUUUAUCGAUAUAAAAAAUUUAACAUUUUAUAUGCCUAACACGAAAAAAAACGUUUAAUAUUUAAUGAUGCAUUUAAAUUUUUUAUACUACUUUUUUAUAUUUAUAUACAAUAAAUAUAUACAAACAUUCCCAUUUAAUAACAAAAGAAAAACGAUCACAGACCCAAAUUAAGAAAUCUACAAAAUAUUGUAUGAAUACUACAUAAUUAUUUAACAACAAAAACAGAACUGCUAUGCAAUAACAAUUAAUAUACAUUUAUAUUAUUAUACAAAUAUAAUCUAGUUUAAGUUUGAUACAAAAUAUUACAGGCUUAGAACUUUUUUUUACCAUUUUUAAACUAGAAACUCUGGCAAAAUAUGUAAUAAUCUUCUAAUAUUCAAUAUAUAAAUAAGAUGAUAUUUUAUCUAUCUAUCUAUCUGUAUUAAUGGCAUUAUUUAGUUUUAUUAUUGUAAUAACUAUUGUAAAUUGUUUUCUUUCUGUGUGUUCUUUUUUUUUAUUAAAUUAAAUUAAUAUGUGUAUUAUUUUAAAUUUAAAUGGUAGGAAAUGUAUAGAAAUGGAAAAAUCAAGUAAAUCUUAAACAAUUAAACCUUUGAAAGGUUUAAUAUUAAUUAAUUAAUUAAGUUUUUCUUGAUUUUUCUUAUGUACUCAUUAUUUGUAAUCUUAGAGAAUCUCCCAAAAAAACUCUAGCUAAAGAGUUUAACUUUUUAAAUUUUUGUAUUAUAUUAAUGGUUUUUUUUAUUAUACAAUAUAUAAACAUAUAUAUUUUAAAAGGUUUACACGAUUUGCUUGAUUUACAUAAAAACAAAUUGUAUAAUGUGUUAUUCAAAUUGUGUUUACCUCUAUUUUAAUUUUAUUUUAUUAUAUUUUGUUAAUUUUAUGUUGUAUAUAUAUGAUUUUUAUUUUUAAUCACUCGCUCUCUAUUUUAUUUUAAAAUUAUUGUAUUUUUUGUUUAUUUUUUUUACAAUUAAUAUUUAAUUCAAAUUGUUUUUUAGUGCUAUAAGUAUUUUUUGCACAAAUUUUUUUAAUCUCUUUUAUUUUAAUUCACAAAUUUUAUCAUAAUAUCAUAAUCAAUUUUUAAAUUUAUUAAGGAUUAUAUAAAUCUUUGUUAAAUUUAAAAAUUGCUUUUGAAUAUGGAUGUAAAACUUUUUCAAAGUUAAAUUUUAUUGAAAAAAUAACGCAAAUUUUUCGUUUAUGAAGUAAUUUUUAAACAUAACCUUAAAAAAAAUCAAAUUUUUUAUUGUUUUGUCUAUCACUAUGUCUUAUGAUUUAGUUUUAAAAAAUUGUAUUUUAUUAAUUCGAAAACUGUUUAUACAAAAUAAUUUUUAAAUGAUUUAAACCAUUUUGUAUUUUUUUUAAAUAAAGAUAUUACAAAAACAAUAAUAAUUAAAAUAAA